AUGAGUGGUAGCAGUAAUUUUAGACCACCAGCAGAAGACGCCUGGGUUCACACUUACCAGACCUUACUUCCUCAAUGGCAAUCCCUCUCUCACUCCCGCCAGUCAAUAAUCCCAAUUUCCAUAUCUAGAGUUAACCAAUUCGAUGCGGGAAGACUGGACAUUGAAAUGUCAGCCAUGUUGAAAGAACAAUUGGUCAAGGUCUUCUCGUUAAUGAAGCCAGGAAUGUUAUUUCAAUAUGAAGCAGAACUUGAUGCUUUCCUCGAGUUUCUUAUCUGGCGGUUCUCGAUUUGGGUAGAUAAGCCUACUCCGGGAAUUGCUCUAAUGAAUCUGAGGUAUAGAAAUGAACGUGCACUGGAAGCAAGAGGAAAAGUCAGAACGGGUUUGGAAGGACCUGGACUUACAGUUGCACAGAAGCUUUGGUAUUGUGUUGCCACUGUUGGUGGUCAGUACAUCUGGGCUCGUUUGCAAUCGUUCUCUGCCUUCCGUAGGUGGGGUGAUUCUGAACAGAGAUCAGUGGCACGAGGAGCAUGGAUUCUGAUACAGCGUAUAGAAGGACUUUACAAAGCUGCCUCAUUUGGCAACCUUCUUUUAUUUCUUUACACUGGAAGGUAUAGGAAUCUAAUUGAAAGAGCUUUAAAAGCUAGGCUGGUCUAUGGGAGCCCUAAUAUGAACCGAGCAGUUAGCUUUGAGUACAUGAACCGCCAGUUAGUAUGGAAUGAAUUCUCAGAGAUGUUAUUGUUGCUUCUUCCUCUUCUAAACUCAUCCUCUAUGAAAAACCUUCUUCGCCCGUUUUCCAAGGAUAAAUCAUCAAGUUCAAAAGAAGAUGACUUUGCUUGCCCCAUUUGCCAGGCCAGUCCAACCGUUCCAUUUCUUGCUCUUCCCUGUCAGCACAGAUACUGUUACUACUGCCUUAGGACACGAUGUGCUGCAGUCCCGGCUUUCAGAUGUUCCAGAUGCAAUGAGCCCAUCAUCGCCAUACAGCGGCAUGUUAAUGAGCCAAAGCAAUGA